CAUCCAGCGCAACCCGCACUAAGCUCGGCCAUCUCGCGCCGCAAUCCGGAGGAUGAGUACGAGCUGAUCCACAAGAUCGGUUCGGGCACGUACGGCGAUGUCUACAAGGCCAAGAAGCUGCAGUCGAACGAGUUGGCAGCGAUCAAGGUGAUCAAGCUCGAGCCGGGCGAUGACAUACAGAUUAUCCAGCAGGAGAUCCUGAUGAUGCGGGAUUGCCGCCACUCGAACAUCAUCUCGUACUAUGGAUCGUACAUGCGCCACGACAAGCUGUGGAUCUGCAUGGAGUACUGCGGUGGCGGCAGCCUGCAGGACAUUUACCAGGUGACAGGCCCGCUGACCGAGCUGCAGAUUUCGUACAUGUGCCGCGAGACACUGCGCGGUCUGUCCUACCUGCACUCGAUGGGCAAGAUCCACCGUGACAUUAAGGGGGCCAACAUACUGCUGACCGAGCGGGGCGACGUCAAGCUGGCGGACUUUGGUGUCAGCGCCCAGAUUACGGCCACCAUCAACAAGCGGCGCAGCUUCAUCGGAACACCGUAUUGGAUGGCACCCGAGGUGGCGGCCGUGGAGCGCAAGGGCGGCUACAACCAUCUGUGCGACAUCUGGGCCUGUGGUAUAACGGCAAUCGAGCUCGCUGAACUGCAGCCGCCCAUGUUCGACCUGCAUCCGAUGCGUGCGCUCUUCCUGAUGUCGAAAAGUGGCUUCAAGCCACCGACCCUGAAGGAGAAGGACCGCUGGAGCUCAAAUUUCCACUCGUUCCUCAAGGUGGCGCUGACGAAAAAUCCCAAAAAGCGACCCACGGCCGAGCGGUUACUGCAGCACGCCUUCUUCCAGUCGGACAUGUCGAUCCGGUUGCCGCAGGAGCUGCUCCAGAAGUACCACAGUCCGCACGCGAGCUACUACUACCAGGACACGGAGGAGGAAGGAGCCAUCGCUAAUGGACCCCAGCGAAUCACGAGUCGGAUGCAUUCCUCCAGUUCCGUCUACUGCAGUAAUGAACGUUCUUCUAGUCCCGAAACACUACCGAGUGAUAUGAGUCUAUUGCAUUAUAUAGACGAGGAGUUGAAGAUAAGGCGUACCCUGCCGUUGCACGAUAAUUCGUUGCUGGCUUGCGCCGGCGACACACCGGUGGCCAACCAUGGCAGCCAGCAGCUGAGCCAGGCGGAUGGACGGCAAGUCGGCCUAGUCGGUGGCCGCAGUCGCUUAGGAAGGCUUGGCGACGAUGAAGACAGUAUCAUCGUGAGGGAGAGUAGCAUCGGCGGCGGCAGCAACAGUGGCUAUACCAGCACAACGAGCAUGAUGACCACGGCCCUCGGUUACGACAAUAAUGGUCGCGAUGACUCCACACUUAGCUACGGCGAUAUGGAUCAGCUGAGUGCGCGACUCGAGCAGCUGAAUGCGCAAAACGGAGCGAUGGCCAUGAGUGACGAUCGUGGUGGCGGCGGCGGCGUCGGAGGCAUUAGCGCCGCCAACAAUGGUAGCAAACGUCGUUCGAUGGACCAAUUGAACGAACUUUUUAAGGAGUUGGAGAAGUCUUCCAGGACGCGUAGUUUAAGUGAUGGCGAUGGCAACAGUGAAGGAGCCGAGUCACAGCCGGAUCUGUUGAACAACACGCCGCCGAUACCGCCCAAGCGGCAGCAUCGAACCCGACGCCACACACCGCCGCGGCCCGUCUCGAACGGGCUGCCACCGACACCGAAGGUGCAUAUGGGCGCCUGCUUUUCGAAGGUCUUCAACGAUUGCCCGCUCCGGAUUCACUGUACCGCGUCGUGGAUCCACCCGGAGACGCGCGAUCAGCAUCUGCUGAUCGGGGCGGAGGAAGGCAUCUUCAAUCUGAACCUAAACGAGCUGCACGACGCAGCGAUCGAGCAGCUGUACCCACGGCGAACGGUUUGGCUGUACGUGAUCAAGGACAUUCUGAUGUCGCUGUCCGGGAAGACGAGUCAGCUGUAUCGGCACGAUCUGCUGGCACUACAUUCCAAGCAAACGCACCGCUUCUCGUUGCACAUGAAGAAGAUUCCGGAGAAGCUGGUGCCCCGCAAGUUUGCCCUCACGACCAAGGUGCCGGACACGAAGGGCUGUAUGCAGUGCUGCGUGACACGCAACCCGUACAACGGAUACAAGUAUCUGUGCGGUUCCAUGGCGUCCGGUAUCUUUCUGAUGCAAUGGUACGAUCCGCUCAACAAAUUUAUGCUGCUUAAGCAGUGCGAAUGGCCAUCCGGAAACAUCCAGUACUACGGUGCGAACUCGAACGUGUUCGAGAUGAUCAUCACACCGGAGCUGGAGUACCCGAUCGUGUGCGUGAACGUGCGCAAAGGACCAAACGAUUCGCUGAAGCUGGACCUGAUCAAUACCAACAGCACCUCGAGCUGGUUUAACUCGACGGUGGAGGAAAUGGACGGUAUGGCGACAGUGAUUAACCGGCGGGACACGCUUCGGCCGAUAAAAGUGCAUCAGAUUGAAAAGGAUGCGAUCCUGGUGUGUUACGAUCGGUUCGUACAAAUCGUCGAUAUUCAGGGUUUCCCAAAGGCAAGCCGCAAGCUCAUUUCGCGAGUGGAAUUUAGUUUUCUAAUUGAAAGUAUAGUCUGUUUAACUGAUAGUGUAUUAGCAUUUCACAAAUACGGCGUCCAGGGCCGCUCGCUGCGGAAUGGCGAAAUUACGCAGGAGAUUACCGACACGAGCCGUAUCUACGAGCUGAUUGGCAGUGACAACAAAGUGGUAAUGCUGCAGAGCCGCACCAACAAACCGGAUACCGGAACCGAGGGAGCGAACGACAACGUCGUUGGUCAUGAUUUGUAUAUAUUGGCCGGCCACGAAGCGAGUUAUUGAGGCCGCGACCGGAGAGAUCGCGCGUGAUAUAUGAGCGAAGAUCCCGCAGGUCGAAACAGACCUUAGUCUUCUGGAAAUUUCUGAUUCAAAAAUGUCAUGCAAGGAGGCAGCUUCUGGCGGAUGAAUGUUAGGGCGGUGUGAAUGUCCGCGUGUGCGUAUGUAUGUGAGUGAUAACGAGUCAUUUCUCCUCAUCAGAUAGGUUUCUUAACACAAAACAAAAAACGAUAAGUGAUUUGAUGAUAGUUUUCGUGUUAGGAUAGGGCAAAGAAUCGUGAGCGGCGGACGACCACACGCCUGCUGUGGUCAAUGAGAAAGUAUUACGUUUCGGUUUUAUUAUGCAUUUUGAAAUGUGCCGCGUGAUGAUCAUUCGCACAAGACAGUAACAAAUAACAGUACCUUUGGCUCUGUUUGUGUGCCAAUGAUUUGGCGCCGUUACUUUCCAGUUUGUCAAAAUCUUCCGUUGAUCGGAAAAUACUGCAUAGAAUAGUGUUUUGUGGACGUUCUGCUGCCCUUAAGAGUUUGGUAUAAUGAGUUCCCCACAAACAAAUGGCGGCAAUUAAUGGAACCUAUACAAUGCACGCGUGCGCAUACAAAUCUUAACAAAUCCCCACGUGUAAAGCAAAACUACAAACCACACCCGAAACCGACCAUCCGUACUACUACAGUAAUUCAAAUUCUCAAUCGUAGUGCAAUCAGAUUCCAAAACUAAAACA